CCUAGCGAGAGCCAGGCUCUUAGAAGUAUAGAACCUGCUUAAGUUCAACCGAUUGGCGAUCCUGCUUAAGUUUCUCAUCCUCAGUAAUUAGAAAACGAGGAAUGGAAGAGACAAGAAGUAUGACUAUAGACGAGAACCAUGAUGAUGCAUCUAUCACGAAGAAGAUCAUGAUCAAGACUUGUGAUCCUUGGUCAAAUCUUAACCAUGAUGUGCUUUUCUUAGUUUUGAUGCGACUUGGAGUUGUUGAUUUUGUUGCAUUCAGCAGAGUUUGUAAGUCAUGGAGAUCACUCGCACUAUCUAACAAGAACAUGUUUAUAGUGUCCAGACCACCCAUGGCUAUAUCUAUAUCUACAGAUGCUAAUGAGAACGAGUGCUAUCUAUAUCUAGAGGACUCUCAAGGGAGAAAGUUCAAAACCAUUUUUCCAGCUCAUUCUGAUUAUAAGCAAUGUAUUGGAGUAAGUUGUGGUUACUUGAUUCUGAUUGGUGAGGAAACCAACGACUUAUGGCUUGUGAAUCCUAUCACAAGGCAUGAAUUUCAUGCACCUUUCCCUUUCCUUGAUAUCCGCUUUUACAUUCAUGGUCUGGGGGUUAUCCUUGUCUUUUCACCUUCAAUAUCCGCAUGGGUGUUUGUUGUGAUCAAUAGAUUUUGGAACAAAAUAUGGUUUUGUAUAGCUGGUAAACGAGAAUGGACUUGUGUCUUCACCCCUUUAAGCAUAUAUGAUUUACAUGUUUUCAAAGGGAAGAUUUAUACCCUACACCCCAAUAAUUGUUUAAGUGAAGUGAGACUUUUUCCAACACCCGAAGUAACAUUACUUGAAAUCAAGAAUUUUUCGAAGACAGAGCGUAAUCAUUGGAGGCUUGUAAGUUCGGGUGAAAAUCUUUAUGUGAUAAAUCGUAUGCCAGAGUUUCCAUUCAAGAUUGAAGAAUUAGAUUUCAGCAAAAUGGAAUGGGUGUCACCUGAAAAGACAGCAGAAGAAUAUGCAUUCUUUUUUAGCAUUGACAAUGGUGCUACUCUUAUACGAAUAGAGCCGUGGGCUGAUCUUUACUCACAAUACGGGAAAUAUUCUUUUCCUAAGAAAUGUGGAAAAGGCAGGUUAUUUCGUGCAAACAUGUGGUACUUCUUCCACGAUUGUUUGAAUGGUAAUUUUCUAUAUUAGUGAUGACUUGUUAACAUAGUUAUGCACUUAUGCUAGGGUCAUUGGUUGUUAUGCAUCUUGCAUUUUAUUUUAUAAACGGUUUGACUCUCGCCCUUUAUUUUGCUUUAGUGGGCACAACUUUCACUUCGUUCUUAAAAUUAUAUUUUCUUUAAUUUCCUUUUGUGCCUUAAGCAUUAUGCGUAGCUUAUUAUAUGUGGUUCUAAUGGUGUGAAUUAAAAAUGUUACGGAUAUUUGCACGAAUGUUUAGGUCAUGGUCAAAGUUUUGUUGAUUCCAGUUCUUGAAUGCAUUACAAUCCUUUGUUGAAACCUUAAUAGGUAAAAAUGAUGAAAUAUUUCUUGGAUGUAAGUGUGUUCGGGGUGUGUGGAAUUUAGCAUAGUUUGUUUUCAUUCAAAUUAUGUGUUUGAAAAAUGGUUGAAUAUAUUUGAUGUUUGUCAUUUGCCCUAAAGUUCUAAACCAGCCAUGGCUUCUCCAGUGGCGGAAUUCGAACGUUAAAAUUGGAGAGGAAAUCAAAACUUCAUAAAUAAACGUAUAAAUUAGUUAUUUUGUUUAGAGCUAUAAUACAUAAAAUUCUAGAAAAUGUGCAUAUAAAAUAUUCUAUUACCGCUCGUAAAAAACAAACCAAAU